AUGCGAAUCGGGAACGUCUCCAAGGCGCGGCGAUCCCUGUGCCGUUUGGGGUAUACAGAAACCUCGGAGGUUGACACGGAGAUUCUGCGGAUUCAAGCUGCCUUGGACAAGGAGACCCUGGAUCAUGGAGAGGGUACAUCUUACCUGGAGUGCUUUCGCAAAUCCGACCUUCGCCGUACUAUAAUUUCUGUGAUGCCUGUCGCAAUCCAGUCGCUAGGAGGACAGUUUUUCUUUGCCUUUUAUUUCCCUUACUACAACCAGCUUGUUGGAUACAGCGUACACGAAAGCUUUCGCCUGCAGUUUAUCCAGUAUGCUGCUUACAUACUCGGAACCUUCUGUUCUUGGUACCUGGUUGAGAGGCUUGGGCGGCGGACGCAAGCAAUCUAUGGCACGUUCGCUCUGACGGUCGUAAUGAUGCUCUGUGGAGGACUCGGAAUAAAUGGAAGUCCCGCUGCUACCAAGGGCACGGUUGCGACUUUCAUUGUUUAUGCCUUUCUCUUCAACAUUGGAAUCGGCGCUACGGGGCUGAUCCUCCUCUGCGAGGUUGCGAGCUACCGUCUAAGAAGCAAGACUAUUGCUCUGGGAAUAUCCUUGCAGCACCUGAUCAACCUUGUGUGGGCGUUUGUGGUACCCAUCAUGGUUAACCCGGAUCAAGCCAACAUGGGUUCUAAGGCUGUGUUUGUCUUUGGAGGGUUGAAUCUGUUGUCUCUGAUAUACUUGUGGUACUACCAGGUCGAGACGAAAGGACGGAGCAUCCAGGAGCUCGAUGAGCUAUUCUCCAAGGGUAUCAGCGUACGAGACUUUAGGAGCUAUAUCACUGAGGCCCAAAGCGACUGA